AGGCUCGAGGCGGGCUGUAGAGGCUCGAGCCGGGCUGCAGAGGCUCGAGGCCGCAGGGAGAACCAGCGUCAGGCUAAUGAGACGCAGGACGCAGCCGUUUAAACAUCGCUGCGGUCGGCAAUUCGGAAUAUGUCGCUAACUUCGACUAACGCAGAUUUUUAGCACCUGACUGAGAAGUUAUUACAAUCUUCAGAAGGACCGUAAAGCUCCUUGGACCCUGAGAGGCGUCGAGCUCUCACCUGCUGCCUCCGUUCUCUCCAUUCUGCACCUGUCCUCGGUGCUGCAGGUGACAUGCCAUGGAUUUCCUCGGUGCCUCAGUUCUGUAACUCUCCCACAAUGAUCGUGAUGGUGGGGUUGCCAGCCAGAGGGAAGACGUACAUCUCCAAGAAGCUCACUCGCUACCUGAACUGGAUCGGAGUGCCGACAAAAUCGUUUAACGUGGGCCAGUACCGCAGGGAGGCUGUCAAGAUCUACAAGAACUUUGAGUUCUUCAAUCCUAACAAUGAGGAAGCCAUGAAGAUCCGCAAGGCCUGUGCAGCAGCCGCCCUCAAAGACGUCGCUGCCUACUUCUUAAAGGAACAGGGACAAGUAGCCGUAUUUGAUGCUACCAACACCACCAGGGAGAGGAGGGCAGUCAUCCUCAGUUAUGCAAAGGAGAAAGGCUACAAAGUGUUCUUUGUGGAAUCAAUCUGUGAAGUCCCAGAAAUCAUCGAAGAGAAUAUUAAGCAAGUAAAAUUUGGGAGUCCAGAUUACGUAGAUCGUGACAUAGUUGAGGCCAUGGAGGACUUCAGCCAGCGCAUCGACUGCUACAGGGCCAGCUACAUGCCUAUAGACGAUGAGAAGGACAGGAAGCUCUCCUACAUCAAGAUCUUCGACGUGGGCAGCAGAUACCUGGUGAACCGGGUCCAGGAUCACAUUCAAAGCAGGAUAGUUUACUACCUCAUGAACAUCCACGUCACCCCGAGAUCCAUCUACCUGAGCCGCCACGGAGAGAGCGAACUCAACCUCUCGGGUCGCAUUGGUGGAGAUUCAGGCCUCUCCCCUCGAGGACAGAAGUAUGCCAAUGCCUUGGCGACCUUCAUCAGAGGUCAGAAUAUCAGAGAGCUGAAGGUGUGGACGAGCCACAUGAAGAGGACCAUCCAGACUGCAGAAGCUCUGGGAGUCCAGUACGAGCAGUGGAAGGCCCUCAAUGAGAUCGACGCUGGUGUAUGUGAGGAGUUAACCUACGAAGAGAUCCAGGAGAAUCUACCAGAAGAGUUUGCACUGAGAGACCAGGACAAGUAUCGUUAUCGUUACCCGAAGGGUGAGUCCUAUGAGGACCUUGUCCAUCGUCUAGAGCCGGUGAUCAUGGAGCUGGAAAGGCAGGAAAACGUUCUGGUUAUCUGCCACCAAGCUGUGUUUCGCUGCCUGCUGGCCUACUUUCUAGACAAACCAGCAGAUGAGCUGCCUUAUCUAAGAUGCCCCCUUCACACGGUGCUCAAACUCACACCCAUUGCUUAUGGCUGUAAAGUUGAGUCGUUCUUCCUCAAUAUUGAAGCCGUCAACACACACAGAGAGAGGCCAGUGAACGUCGACAUCAACAGAAACCCAGAGGAGGCUCUGCAGACGGUUCCUGACCACAUAUAAAUACUGCUUUGCGAGAGAAGGACUACAAUCACGUGGAACUGGACGUGUUUGCUUCACUAAAUAUGAGAGAUGCACUCCAGUGAAAGGUUAAUGCUGAGGUUUGAUGCAGGAGGAGAUGGUGGAAAUAUGUCCACGACAGAAGCACACGGACUCCUGCUGCAGAUUCUGGUUUACGUGACUGCGAAAUCCUCCUGUGUCUUAUUUGACUAGAGUUUUCUUCUUUUUAUUUUAAUUUUUUAAAGUGUCACAUUGUUUACAAAUGAUUUAGAGGCACAACUGAAGCACUGUGUUGUGAGGCUGAGAGGAAAACGCUUACAGCUUGUAAUUGUAAUUUGUGUAACUGUUGUGUGUUGUUAAUAAUCUAAUUAUAAAGGUGGGUCAGCACCAUGGACAGCACCCAAACCAACAACACAUGUUGUACAUUUGGUGUGUAAUGUAGAUAAAACGCAAGGUUUGAAUGACAUAAUGUAAAUAAACAAAGACUCAAAAAUAAAUCCA